AUGUCCCGUACCCUUACGUCCGAGAUCACCGGACCAACCACUACCUCACUACCUGUGCCUUUGGGAGAAGUGGUUGACAUCUGGAGCUGGGCCAAGCUUCAAUCCAACCCUGACUGGUAUGAGAAGAUUGUAAAACCAGCAGUCGAGCAGCAUCGAACAAAGUACUACGAGAAGAUCGCCGAAAGCGCCGUGGCUCGCCAGGCAAUUAGCUCCGCAGCCAAAGCUGUCACAUGCACGCAGCUUCCGGGGUCAGGUCACAAACCGUCAGAUUACAUAUGGCAUAGUCCAUAUCACGCAUCAGUAAGGCCUUCGUUGGACGACGGAUUUUCCGGAGGCUCGAAUGAUGAUUUCGACCCUGACAACGGCUACGACUCGGACAGCAGCUACGAAAGAGUGUGCGAGGAGAACGGAGCGGAUGACAUUAUCAAAAUGCUUGAGGACCUCUAG